AUGGAAUCUCUGAGAUACAGCAAUGGAAGCUCCUGGGAGAAUGUCAAAUCUUCUGAAUAUGAGGUGAACACGAAGAACACAAAGUCAAAGCAGGACAUGCCUGGGCUGCAACAGCCAGGGCCAUCGACCCGCCAUCUGAUUGACCGUUUCCCACACAUGCCACAAUUGCACCGACCCAGCAAAGAGGAGCUAUUGGCUGCAGCCAACGGCUUUUGGUCUCGGCUCAAAGUACGAUUCAAGUGGUUCUCAAUUCGAAGCGUUCGACCUUUUAAUCUGGACGAGAUAACAGCACUCUUUUCCUGGGUACUUCUAGGGCAUGUUGUCUGGGUUGUGUUAGGCACAACUACAUUCUUUUCCUUGUUGAUCAUUGCAAUCAAUACCGUUUUCGCCCAAGAAACCUUGGCUGGCUGGAUAGGUAACUAUCUCACGAAAUCUUCGGGAGUGAAAGUUGUGUUCGAGUCAGCGAUUGUCCCCAAGUGGAGAGAUGGCGUGAUAACGUUCAAGAAUGUCUUUGUCUCCAGGCGACCCGGCCAAGGAACAGGUCAUGUUAGUAAAGGCUCGCCUAAAACUGCAGCUGCCGUGGCUGCGGCUGCAGCGCUCAGUGAUCAGCCUAACUCGGACAUCUUGGAUCAACGACACUCAUCGGUGGAAGAGGAUACGAACUAUACGCAAUUUGACCUGGCAAUCGAGACAGUGAACGUUACACUAUCAUUCACCAAAUGGAUCAACGGCAAAGGGCUACUGCGUGAUGUCGAGAUUCAAGGGAUACGGGGCGUUGUUGACCGCAGAUAUGUUUAUUGGUCAGAUGAUGACCUCGACCCAAAAUCCUACCGGCAUGAACACAACCCCGGAGACUUUGAGAUCGAUUCUUUUAAGAUGAGCGAUGUGCUAGUCACGGUUUACCAGCCAGACAAUUUCAGACCUUUUUCUGUUAGUAUAUUCUCUUGCGAUCUGCCACAACUGAGAAAGCAGUGGCUGUUUUAUGACUUCAUGUCAGCCAAUAUGAUGUCAGGAUCUUUUGACAAUUCAUUGUUCACUAUUCAUCCACGACAGACUCACAGUUUCACCGGAGCACAGUUAGACAAUGGAGUAGGAGAGGACGGCAGAACGAGUCCUUGGAAGAAACAUAGCCGGAUACGCAUCGAUGGUUUGAACAUCGAUCAUCUAAACCGCGGAGUACAAGGGCCUUUCUCCUGGAUACAUGAAGGAACUGUCGACAUUGUUGCCGACAUCAUGUUUCCAGCAGAAAAUGACGAAAGCCUAACUAAGGUAAUGGCUGACAUCUAUGAUCGACUAGAAGCAACUGUCACAUCUACUCAGUACCGUGAUACGUUAUCGGAAAACCCAACUCAGCCUGGCGAAACUGUUAGUGAGAACAACAGGAGAUUUCUCGUCACCGACUUACGACUGCACUUAAACAAUGUUAGGGCAGUUGUCCCCUUAUUCACACGAGAUCUCUCAUAUAUAAACAAUGCCCUCAUCAGGCCCAUUGUGGCAUACAUCAAUUCACGACGUACUUUCAUCCCUGUUAAUUGCCGCCUUGUCAAGCGAGUUGGUGAUUUCGACGGCAGCUGGACUAUAUUCGAUAGCGGCUUAAUGGAUGAUCUUUCGGCAGCGGUGUAUGACGCAUUCGCACGAGAUGUUGUGGAUGAGCAAGCACGCAAGCGACGUUUCAAGAAGGUAGGGUUUUGGUCACUCCAAUUAGCAGCCCAGGCUAUUUUUAUGGCACCCACUCGUGGUCCGCUUUUCCAAUUCGAGCUCCGACUCCUACACAAUCUGCUAUGUAACAACUUCGGCGGCAGGGCAGCAGCAACACUUCAACAACCUCAACCAGCUCUUCGCAGGGCCUCCAAGGCCACAUUCAGCAAGACAUCGGUUGCUUACACAUUCAACAUUGACCGGCGAUUCCACUUCAUUGCCCGUGACCAUCUGCUACCACGAUCGUACGCUGCUGAGGCUGUGGUCAUUGCUCUCCGUAAAUCUCCUUCACUACCCUGUAUACAAGCAAUCACCUCCAGUCACCCCACCAAUUCACCACUAACCCAUCGCAAAGUCCUCUGUCGCGGAGUGAGCGCAUUUGGAAGUUUGCUGUUGAAUAGGCCUGACCAGCAUGAUCGGAACAUGAUUGAACAAACAAUGCCCACUAAAUCUCGACAAUCUUCAUACGCAAUGGAAGCCAACCAAUCUUCAACACCUUCACCUAUAUCAUCUGCCUCGGCGCCUGGGGAGCGAUCCGGGCAGCGCAUCAUGCCCCGCACUUCUUCAAUUGACUCUGCGAUAUCAUCUCUCUCUUCCGCCUCACAGUCCCAUAAGUCUUCAUUUGAUGCUACAGCUUUGAGCCAAGCUGAUAUUGGGAAUCUCAUCGCCACUGCAGGGUCUGCCGAGGCAGUAAUCAAACAUCUUUUGAAGGAAAAGCAUCAUGCAGCAUCUCAGAAUUCACAACUUUGGAGACUGGUUGAUAAACAAAGAACACUUAUCCUUGGGUUAAACAAAGAUCUUGAACGUGCUUUGAAAGAGAAAGAGCGAUAUAGGAAGAAGUUCAAGGAGUUGCAGAGCCCUGCACCAAUUUUACCACCUAACAAUGAGCUUCACUUCCAGCAUAAAGCCAUCGAAAGUGAAGAUAAAUCUCUUGGACAGAGGAAUUCCGAGCAAGGGAAAUCGCAGUAUCAAGGUGUGUCACCACAUAGCCCCAGUUCUAUCGGGCGGAACCUAUCAUCUAGCACUAUCCGGUCGCAGAACGUGGCUGUACAGGAUUUAUCGGAAAACCUGAUUAAGGAGUGUUCUACGGGUCAUACAGGGAGACUGGAUCGGCGAUUAGGCUCGCAACCUCCCCCGCCAUCAGUGUAUCCUCAACAAGAAUUAGCGGCUGCGAGCCCAAGUUCUUUGGCAAGCUCCAGCUCCCCUGUUAACGAUACUGUACCAGGUGAAGAUAAACAGCAAAGAGUCCCACAUCCUGUGCGUAAACCUCCACCUGCGCCCUUGAAUCUCGUCCAAGGCGAACGCACUUUAUUGGGCAACCCAGACAUCUACGACUCUGAAUCUGAGUAUGAAGAUAUUUUGGCAGUUGAUGAAUUACCCGUAGAACGGGGACGAAGAAAAACACGCGAUGACGAUGAUCGUGAACGUGAAGCUGCCCUGGCACGCGAAAAUAUUACGCUUAGUUCUUCGAGAAACGAAUCUUCUCAUUCAACGAAGGCAGCUCCAAUCACUGAUUCAUCUGAAUAUUUAACAACUCCUUUAAGUCCUCGUAUGACUCUCGGCGAUCAUCCUGUUAUCAUGGCGCCGAAGAGCCCUGGCUUGCCUGUCAGCCCAAGGCCUGAAGAUCGCCCACCCAACUCCCCUUUGCCUCGGUUGCCCAGAGACAUGGCCAACAACAUGGCUUCCCAACCGAUAGCCACAGAAAGUGGCCUUUCGGGAUUAGCUCUAUCACCUCAUGUCAGCAAGUAUCAGGCCCCCUUUAGCGCUACACAUUCACACAUGCCAGUCGACGUAGCCAGUCGAUCUAUCCCCUCGAUCGACGCCACUGUUAGAGCCGAUAGCACUAGGUCCACAGUGUCAAACUCCGAUGGUAUUUAUCGGGGAUUGGUUUCAGAAGACUACCCAGGCUUUCUAUUACCUCCAAAUGCUCUGCCUUUGGUGCUAGUUAAAGUGUCGUCAUCACGACUUCGCCCCUCGCGAAACAGCUACUUAGCGUCUAGGCCUUCGGAAGAGGAGCCUGUUUUUACACUGAGCGUCCUUUCGCGUUCUGAAAACUUGGAGCUCUGGCGUGUUGAAAAGGUCAUUGCGGCACUCCCACAACUUGAUCAGCAAGUAAAACAGUUAUCUAGCUACGGGGGGAAGCUACCAGACAGAUCAAUAUUCAGCGGGCAUUCCCCAGCCAAGGUGGAUGCGAGGCGAGCCGCAUUAAAUGCAUACUUCGAAGCACUUCUCGAUACACCAAUGGAUGAAAAAGCGGCUCUGGUUAUAUGCCAGUUCCUCACAUCCGAUGCUAUUGAGCCAAGGGAUGAUGAAACCAGUUUGCUAAAAGGUAGUCAACACAUGAGCUCCGAAAUACUACGUGGUCCAGAUGGUAAGCCCAGAAAAGAGGGCUAUUUAACAAAAAGAGGCAAGAAUUUUGGCGGUUGGAAGGCUCGGUACUUUGUUCUCCAUGGACCCGAGCUGAAAUACCUUGAAUCGCCAGGUGGUCCUCACCUUGGAACUAUCAAAAUUUACAAUGCCCAGAUUGGCAAGCAGUCGCAGGGCACAAAUGGUCAAAAUAAUAACCCGCCUGCACGAGGUGAAGAGGACUCCGACAAUCAAUAUCGCCACGCGUUUCUAAUUUUAGAACCCAAGAAAAAGGAUUCAUCAGCUCUUGUGCGACAUGUUUUGUGCGCAGAAAGCGACGAAGAGAGGGAUUCUUGGGUAGAGGCACUCUUGGAAUAUGUAGAAGGGCAAUCCGAGAACGAAGCAUCGAAUAGUGGAUCCUCAAAGGGUCAGGUCUCUGGUACACACCCUGCUAACACAACGGUUAACCUCAAAAUGCCCCCGAAUGGAAACAAGAACAACAGAACAACCGAUAGUUCGGAUCUUGAAGGCCUCGAUAUAGUUCAAGGAUUUAGUUACGAGGAUGCUAUCCCUGCCGAACCGCCAGUUUUCGGACCACCUUACGAACAACAGGCACUUAUGUCACCCACUUUUCCUCAAAUGUCACCAACCGACCCUACAGAUGCAACCCAAGCAACGAACCAGGUGCCGGACACUGGCCAGCUCUCAUCUAGAAUCAUAUCUGGACCCACAAAUGGAGCUAUUAUCCAGGACGCGGGGGCUUGGGGAAAUAAGUCGGCAACUAGUACCAAGGAAAAAAAACGUAGCAUCUGGGGAUUCCGCACGAGAUCGUCAGUCGACCUUGCCUCACAACUGCAAGCCAGUUAUGACUCCCCAUCGGUUCAACCGCAUAAUCUUACCUCCGGCGAAAGAAGGGACCUUGUCAGGCCAGUCUUUGGCAUCCCAUUGGCGGAGGCGGUGCAGUUCUGUGCGCCGCGGGGUAUCGACGUUGAUUUACCUGCUGUAGUCUACCGUUGCAUCGAGUACCUCACGGCCAAGGGUGCAGAAUCAGAGGAAGGGAUAUUUCGAUUAAGUGGGUCAAACAUCGUUGUCAAGGCGCUCAAAGAAAGGUUCAAUACUGAAGGGGAUGUGGACUUCCUCGCCGGUGAUCAAUAUUACGAUGUACAUGCUGUGGCCUCCCUUUUCAAGCAAUAUCUGCGAGAGUUACCCACGACUGUUCUCACUCGCGAACUUCAUAUCAAGUUUCUGCGUGUUCUUGAGCUUAAUGAAAGACAGACUAAGAUCGCGGCAUUCAACUCGCUUGUCCACAGACUUCCGAGACCAAACUUGGCUUUACUGCGAGCAUUGGUCCAGUUUUUGAUUGUUAUCGUGAACAACUCUGAUGUCAAUAAAAUGACAGUCAGAAAUGUUGGCAUAGUUUUUGCUCCAACACUAAACAUUCCAGCACCUGUGUUCUCGAUGUUUCUUACUGAAUUUGAGCGAAUCUUUGAAGACCUGCUAGGAACGCGUUCAGACCUUGAGGAUCCCAUCAUAGAUAGUCCUACGUCUCCUGAGAUCUCUCAUUUUGCGCCAAGCCAAAUGCUGACAGAGAUGCCGAGUUUACAUACUCAAACAACUUUCCGUAAACAGGGAGAUCCUCGUGACCGUGAUGAAUGCAUAACACACCAAUCGAGCUACGACCAGUCAUCUAGCAACUUCCUGGAAAGUAAUAACGAGGAACAUACCACUCCACCCACAACGAGCAAGAUGUUGACACCAAAUCCUGAAACUUCGCGUUCCAUCAAAUCGAAAAGAAGAGAAAGCUCUCUACUAUUUAUGGAGGUUAAUCAUCUUAACUCUCCUUUUGCUUCUGCGCACGAUAAUGAUGGUGAGUAA